GGUGGCUCGGCCCAGGCUCCGGCUCUCCCCGGCGGCCAGUAGGAGGGUAGACAGCGCUGGGGCAGGGACCAGCUCCGCGCCGCGUGUGUGUCGGAGCGACACAAGGGAGAGUCCGCAAGGGAGGGGAAGCCUGGCGGCGAGAUGCGUGCACGAGGAUGAGCGCCGGCUUCCUGCACCACAUGGACUCGCCCGGCAACCUGGACGCGGACUCGCCGGGCCUCCUCAUGGCCCCCUCCUCCAACGGCCUGGCGCACUACCUGUCCUCCUCGUCGGCCUCCGCCUCGCCCACGGACCCGGCCGGCGCCUCGCUGCUGGGCGGCGCCGCGGCGCUGUCCUGCUCGUCGCCGGGCUCGUCCAGCUCGCCGCCCGACACCUUCAUCGCCGACCUGCUGCAGGCGAUGGCGCCGCGCGACGACGACCCGCGCCCCGCCGCGCGCGCCCUGGCCGAGGCGGACGCCGGCCUGCGCGCCGUCAGGGACGCCGCGGCGCGCGCGCAGGCGGCGGCGGGCGCCGUCGAGCUGGCGGCGCAGCUGGCGGCGGGCGGCGUGCACGCCUUCACGCAGCGCGUCGUCGGCGCGGCGCAGAAGCGCGAGCUCGAGCUGCUCGCCCAGGUCGAGAAGGUGCGGGCCAUGAAGAGCCAGGAGCUGUUGGCACAGAGGGACAGGCUACACCGCCUGCUGGUGCAGCUGGCCAGCUCCCGGGACGCCCUGCAGAAGGAGGUGAAGUUCGGCAGCGGCGUGGAUGUGCUGUAUGCGCUUGAGCGCGUGUCCAGGGAUCUGGACCGCCUGCCCCCGCUCCUGCAGCCUGCCGAGGACGACAAGAUGGCAUUCCUGGAGCCGGAUGCAGGCUUGCUGCGUGCUCUGAGCACAGCCGGCCAGGUGCGCAGCUCUGCCAGUGCCGCGCACAGCUUCGCUGCGGGGGAAGGCCUCGUGCGGGCGCUCAGGGGCCGGGUUGCCGCCUUCGCCGUGCAUGCCAAGGACCACCUGGGGGAGCCACGGGCACGCGGCUCGGACCACGUGGUGACGACGGUGGCCGGGCCCGGCCGCUCUGGCUCGUGCUACGCGGACGUCGUGGACCACGAGGACGGCACUUACGGCGUGAGUUACCGGCCUCUGGUCGAGGGCCUGCACACCGUCCACGUGACCAUCCGUGGCCGGCCCAUCCUUGGCAGCCCGUUCCACGUGCGCGUCCACACGCCACGCGACUACGCCAACGUAGGCAAGCCCGUGCUGGUGUUCGGCGAGGAGGGGGAGGAGGACGGGCAGUUGCUGCGACCCUGGGGGGUUUGCUGCGACCGCUCGGGGAACAUAGUCGUCGCAGACCGCAGCAACAACCGCAUCCAGGUGUUCGGCCAGGAUGGCAGGUUCCUGUUCAAGUUCGGUUGCAAGGGCUCUGAGCCGGGGCAGUUCGACCGGCCCGCCGGCGUCACGACGGACACCCAGGGUCACAUCGUGGUCGUCGACAAGGAUAACCACAGGGUGCAGGUGUUUGGCCCCGCUGGCAAGUUCCUGUUCAAGUUUGGGGAGAGGGGGUACCAGAACGGGCAGUUCAACUACCCGUGGGAUGUAGCGGUGAAUGCGGAGGGGCUGAUGGUGGUCUCGGACACACGUAACCACCGCAUCCAGCUCUUCACUUCCAAGGGCCUUUUCCUCAACAAGUUUGGAUUUGAGCAGCAGCCCAUGUGGAGGCACUUUGACUCCCCGAGAGGUGUAUGCUUCAACCACAACGGGGACAUCACCAUCACGGACUUCAACAACCACCGGCUGGUCACCAUAGACACCAAGUUCCGUCACAAUGCGUGCUUCUUGGGUGCUCCGGGCUCGGGCCAGAAGCAGUUCUGCCGCCCCCAGGGCGUUGUUGUCGACGACGAAGGCCACAUCAUCGUGGCGGACUCGCGAAACAACCGCAUCCAGAUAUUCGAGGCCAAUGGGAGCUUCUUGCACGAGUUUGGCUCUGGAGGACAAAAACCAGGAGAAUUGGAGACGCCGAGUGGGUUGUGUCUGUCACCUGAUGGUAAGAUCAUCGUCGUUGAUUUUGGGAACAACAGGGUCCAGGUAUUUUAAGUUUUUUUUUAUACUAUACAUGUGAUCAUUUUUACUAUUAUGUGUAACUAUUUUAAGUAGAUUUUACUAAAACAAUCAAAACACUCAAUUUUUUUGUUUAUUGACUUGCUCUAAAGUAAGAGGGUGAACAAAAAUUUUUCAUCAAACUGUUUUAAUCCAGUUUGAUGAACAUGACUGAGAGUAAAUUUAGAAAACAUUCUUUAAUGGGCAGACAGGAAAAAUGUUCACAUUAUGUGUGUGGAUGCAAGUAAUAUGAGAACUGCUUCAUGACUAAUAUGUCUCUUCAGGAAUCUGUACAUAAUGUAAAAAAAUAUCUUGUGCAUCACAUAUUUGAUAUGUCAAACCAAUAUUUUAUUUACAUUGCUGCGAAACUUUUCUGGCCGUCAAUCCAAGCCAGCUACUAUAAAACAGAAUUUGUAACCGAAAUUUAUAUUGUCGUGUAAAAUGGAAAAUCGUGACACAUUCAUCUUGUCUGCAUGUGAAGACUGAAUGGAGAUUAGUGUGGAACAUUUGAAGGUUAAAAGUAAAGAUGUGCAGAUAUGCCUAAAAGACUGUCUUCUGUAUUCAGCAUAGGCCUAUAGGAACAUAAGACUGAGCAUGCCAAAAACUACAUACUGCUGAUGUUUAUUUGGCAUUUAUGUACAUACUCAGUUCACACAGUAGCUAUUUUAAAAUAUAUAUUUUAUUGUCAACUAGUUUAUAGCCUCAAUUACACAGUAGUCAAGUUCCUUUGUAAUGCAAAAUAAAAAAGAUAAAUUACAAACCUAAUUCUCUGAGAUGAUGUCUGCAAACUAUUUGAUAAAUUAGUCUAGGUUGCUGUUACGGUUUUCUUUUACAUUGUGCUUACAAAAAUUGCUGUUUAACUACAAUGUUAUUUCCUUCUUUGUUUAAAAAUAAUAUGCAAUUUAAAUAAUGAUGUCUAGGUGAAUGCUAUUGUUCUAUAUUUAGUUGACUGAACAUUUAUUUAUAAUAUUUAAUGGCCUUUGCUCUUAUGUUAUUGUAUAUGAUGAUAUGAGGUAGUUAAUGAGUAACUUUUAACCAUCAAUUUUUUUUUUAAAUACACUGUUUUGUUUUCAAAACUGGGCCACAAUCAACAUUAACAUUUACUCGUGAUAGUUAAUGGAGAUAAGCGCACAAUACGAAACAAGACAAGGGCAUGAGUAGAAAGGACCUACACUUAACCCCAUUAUUUUUUUUAUAAUAUUUUAGUUUGUUUUGAAUUAAUUGCUACUGUUGUUGGCAUUCUGUAAUCUAAAGAGAAAAAGUGGUGGUGGGGGGGGGGGGGGGGGGGGGGGGGUAAUUUACAAAAUAAGUCAUUGUGGGAUAUCAAAAUUACAUGCUGAAGUAAAUAUAAUUAACCCCAUAGUGUGAACAUAAAAAGAAGUAUUGGGCACAAUCUAGUCAAUAGAUGGUUAUUCUCAUUUAUUUAAUAAAGUCCUCAAAUGACAAUGUAGUUAAUAAGAAUUGCUGAAAACAUAACUAGGUUUUUGUAAAAAAAAAAAAAAACAGUAUACAUUAAGCAGGAGUUAAAACUUACAGCAAGCUGUACUCUAUACUAAAACUGUGCUUUUGUAAAUGCUUACUACAGUGUACGAUUGUAACUAGUUAAAAAAAAAUACAUGAAGUUAAACUGUUAUGUUAUGUGUAAUACUGUGUUGUACUUGUGAAAUGCUUAUGUUGAUUGUGUCCGGGAUUUUAGUCUACCUCUCUCUAGUAAUUUAGGGUGCGCUGUAGUGUACUUCAGUAUCCUGUAGAUUAAAUAAUUCUAAUAUUUGAUUUCUACUCUUGAGCAAGUAAAUAAUAAAUAUUGGCAAGCAUUAGUAGGUAAUAGUCAAAGGUCACACGUAACAUAAAUAUUAUCAAUUUCUUAAUAGUUGUUCUACAUGGAGUAACAUAACCAUUUUUGCUUUUAUUUCCGCAGAGAGUUAAAGAUUAGGACAUAGCAUUUGGGAGCAUGUUAAUGUGAAGGCAAUUAUUUGAAAUAACCCACAUUGUAUGGUGAUUGUGCUAGAAAUUUCAACAUGAUAUUGUUCUUGUGUAAGAUGCUUUGAAUAUCCUUUAUUAUUUGUUAAUGACAUUAAUUCACUUCAGUAAGAGGGGUGUAGUUGUCAAUGUGCCAUUUAAUACAUCAGAAUUAUGUAUUUCAAAACUUCGUUCUUGAUAUGUGAACUGUGGUUAUGUAUGCAUACUGACAUCAGAGUUACACCAACUUUGCAACAUUGUACAUACCAGAACUGUUUUUGUGCAGUGUUUCUUUCAACAAUUCGGGGAGCGGUUGGGGCAGGGAGUAAAUAAGUGGUAUAAAUGUUUUUCUGAGAAAUAUAAUUGUUUAGUUUUGAUACAUAUUAAUAUAUAUUAUAUUAUAGGUAUAAGGGAAGGUGCAAAGAGCACACCUGGUGUCAAAGGAAUCUAAGUGACUUUUAAGAAAAGUCAUUUUCAUUUUGACAAUAUUAUAAGCAAUGGCCUAAGGCUGUGUGGUUUGCAUCCUUAGGGAGACUGAUUUUGAAACUGAUGUUUAAGAGAAAGGAAAGGCAGUUCCAGUGCAAAAUGGACAGUAACUCAAUACUUUCACAGGCUGAUAUUUGUGUUCCUGACCAUUUUUUCAUGUAAUUUAAGUAAAGCAAUUAUUAUGGUUGUGUGGUGCAGUAUUCUGUGUAAUGUACAGGGCAGUUAUGUAGUGAGAAAUACGCUACAGAAUAAUACUGGAAAGCUUCAAGAUUUUUGCAUGAAAACCGAGUGUCAUCACACAAGUUCAAUAGAUAGCACUAGAUAUGUCCAGUACCAACUUUGUCACCUGAAAGUAUAAUCUUAUUAAGGUAAUUCUUUACAAAAUAUUAUUGCAGGUGUUUCACCUUGCUGUUAGGUUAUUCCCCCCCCCCCCCCCAAUUGUCCCUUGUAUUAAAAAUUCAUAGCUAUGUGGUGUUGAUCUUAAAAUAUUUACUUUUCUGUGAUUAUUUGGUCAUUUUUAUUCUUAGUUUUUAUCAAAUUAAAAUUUUUAAAUGAAACCUCGCAAAACUAGCAAAAAUAACCAAAAAAAAGAUUGAUGUAACAAAAACAUUUUAAAAAUUUCUUCCAAAAAAAAAUUAAAAAAAAAAAAAACCCUUGAUAAAUCUAGUGUAAAAAAAGUAACAUCUAGAAUCAGUGUUAAAUGGCUGCAUAAUAUUUUCUUUUUCUAGUUAAAACUAUUCCAGACAAUUCAAAUACAAUGUACUUAGGUCAAUUUAUGUUGAAAUCAGGACUAGCAUGUAGAGUGCAUACACAUAUGUAUGUACAUACAAACACAUGUUUACUUACUUGUCAUAUGGUUUCCCAGCAUCUAGGGAAGCUAUGAGUAACAAUACAAUUGGCAGAAGCUAACAGUUCACAGUUAGCAGUGACCUCUGGUACAAUGACAGUAUCCUAACUUUCAGUCAGUUUGUUUUAUUACUGUUCAAUGUGACACAGGCAAAAGAGCGUUCUUGGAUUUUGCUGUGUGCAUAAUGUCUUCCCCUACCAUUAUAAAGCAGGCAAACCAAACCUUGUGCUUGAGUUUGUUUCGGAAGAGUGGCUGCGUAGCUAUAGAAUUUCAAUUGAUCACUUGCUUGGUCACUUUUUCAUAUCCCAGCAUUUUGAAAUUGGUUAUCGGGAUCAAUAAUUGAAGCCAAUAAAAAAUAGUAUGUUUGCCAAGUUUUCUUUAAAAUUUAGUUUACUUUUAAUAAAUGUUGAAUUAGUUGUUUACCCAGGAUACUUGUACAAGUGACUUUCCAAAUCUCAUAAAUUUAAAUAGGUACCUUUGUAAGGGCAUGGUUGAAGAACCUAUGAUAAUGAUAAGCAGAGUCCAUUUUAUGGUGUACCUAGUCAUUUUUAAUAGCACCGAGUACGGAAGAGCUCCAGAACUCAUCUUGCAUAUGCAGGGCUGUCGAGAGAAGUUAAGGGCCUGAGUGCAAAUAAGUUUGUCGGACUACCUCUCUAUUACUAAGUACUCAACUCUGCAAACCCCUUGUAUUUAAAAAAAAAAAAUAUAUAUCAAAAGACUGCUAACCCCUUGUAUUAAAAAAAAAAUAAUCAAAAGACUGCAAACCUUUAAGAGAUUAUAGUACUGUAUAGAUAGAACAACACCAAGUGUUUUUUAAAUUUCUCUCAAUAAAACCUCAUUUUCAUCCCUGUAUGACUUUUCAAAAAUUAUGAUGAAAUUUAAAUUUUUAAAACUUAACAAUUUGUGUGUACCAAACAACUUAAAAUAUAACAUAUUUAAUAUUGACCAACCUAAAAAACAAUAAUCAUUCGAAAUUAGUUUUUCAUGCUUUCACAUUAGCAAACAUUUCAAAGCAAGUCUUGAUUCAAUGCAUAAUGUUCCUAGAUCAGCAAGUUUUUGUUUAUCCAUUGUUGUUCUCUGGCAAUUCUUUAUUCUGCUAAGCACACUGAAAGAUUUUUCUGCUUGAGCAACAGAAACUGAAAGUACACAGAUUGUGUGCAGUGCAACACACAUAUUGGGAAAUAAAUUAGCAAUAUUGUUUCUGUUAAUUUGUUGAGCAUUUGUACAGCAGGCUGCAGAGUAGAUUUAAAAACUAUUAAGACUUGUGAAUUAUUUGAAGAUAGUACUAGACUUCUUCUGUUAAGUCUUGCAUGUGUCACGUAACAAAUAUUUUUUAAGCUACCCUAUUUAUUAUCUGCAUGUUCAGUGAUACACACCACUGUUUCUUGCAUGAGAUUUUGAAUCUAUGAUAUAUUCCAAGCAAACUGGAGACAACUGGAUCCAAAAAAAUUACACAUACACAUGGAGGGUAAAUAAAGGAGCGUAAGUAAAUCUGAGUUACUGGCUGCAGUAGAAGCUGUCCUGCUUAUUAUCUUGGAUAACAUCUCCCUCACAUAACAUUCACCUAUCCUGGCCAGCAGAUUUUUCAUUGCCUUAUCAGGUAUUUAACUUUCUUCUGUCAAGCGAUACCAAGCUGCCGCCUCUAAGAUGCAACAAAAUAUUUUGAUAGAUAUAUUUUUUUGUCUCUCCUUUUAGUCUGUUAUCACAUUUUUCUUCCAGGCAGACUUGUUUGUAUAAAGUUACCGUGGCCAAGAUUGUAAAUGUGAUACGAACAAAUUGCUUAACUUGAGGUUUCCAGACUUGUAAUUUUUGUCUUGCUAUCAAAGUAAAUUUAAGCGUUUCAAAGUCUUGAAAUGAAACAGGGCCCCUCUGUUUUCUGGGCCCCUCUGUUUUCUGGGCCCCCCUGGUGGCCGGGCCCCGGGGAUUUGCC